GGCGCGACCUUGUUCGCCACUAGCUUUGAACGUAGUUCAACUCUUCCAAACUCGUGGCGCUGUCGAACAUUAUGACGUCAUUUGUUUACAAACACGUAGAGGUCUAUUGGACGCCGAAAACGAAAUCGCGUACGUUCGCUACGGAAGGUUGGUGAUACCGCGCGUUUCUGGACAUACUUUUCGUGUUUUCGCUGGGUUAUCCGGACAAGGAUUGAAGGUGCUUGUCUGGCACAUAAACAUACCCGUCUAAACGCCUGACAGCACUCCAGCAUGGAUGAAGCCGACGAUUCUAACGAUGUUGUCGAAGUGAUACUGCCCCUCUCAAGCAUUAACCAUUUUGUCGGCAGUACAUGCGAUUCUUCGCGGUGUCUCCUGGAAGGGGAGAAUGUAUUUGAAGCAAAGCACGUUGUAGAAUGCGGGCUCACAAGUUGGGUGAACCCGUACACAUUCCUGGCAUAUGUCCUUCCGACGUCAAAUUUGGCGGGGGAUCCUCAUAAGGUCACCUUCACUAUCAAAGAAAGGCAUGUAGAGAAUGCAUCCUGUUCCUGCAAAGCAGGCGCUCACAAAUGCAAGCACAUAGUUGCUGCAUUGCUGCGAGUCAACACUGAAAGAAAAUUCAGCAAAUUGUCAAAGACUGAUGUUGAGCAAGCUUGGGGGAAGCAAAGCAGUGCAAAAGCAAGAACGCUGUAUGUUCCAAGGCGAGCUGUAGAGCUGCCUUGUGCAAAACAAUAUCCAAAGACAAGCAUACCACUCCCUAAAGGCAACAUUUUACAGAGGCUUCUAAAAGGUGUGAAGUACCUGUGUGCUGCAAAGGUUCAUCUCAAAGGUGAAAGUAAUCGUACAUAUGUGCCUGCACACAUCCAACCUGAAGUGACAACUGUGUCAGAAGACCCCUCUACGAAGGUACAAGACCCCCAACCACCUACGCUUCAAGAAACCAUAAGGACCCUCACAUGCCUUCACCCCGACUACUCAGUGGAAGAAAUUUACAGAAAAAUAGAAGAGAUGUACGCUGUAGAUGACUUCAAAAAAAUUGAAGAGAUUACCCGGGCACAGAGUAAAUCCGAAGCAUGGAAGAGCUACAGAGUAGGAAUGAUUACUGGCUCUGUAGGAUACAACGUGUUUACAAGAGUAAAGACUAUCCUGACAAGAAUUGGUGAACACAAUGUAGCUCCAACAGUCAGCCUACUGAUGCGACAAAAAAGUGCAGUGACAGGACCUAUGGCUAGAGGAAGUGCACUUGAAGAGGAAGCAAAGGUGGCAUUUAUCAGAGUGAACAGUACGAUGCACAAAAGCUUGAGCAUUAACAGUUGUGGCCUAUUUGUCAUGAAAAGUCAUCCCUACAUUGGAGCCAGCCCUGAUGGCAUCAUAACAUGCAGUUGUUGCCCACCACGGCUAAUCGAAAUCAAGUGCCCCCUAGAAAUUUCAGAGUUUACAAAACGUGAACUGACAUCGAACAAUGAACACUACCAAUUUAAAGCAACCAGCAAGUACAACUGUCAAGUGCAAUUGCAAAUGAACAUUGCAGGACUUUCGAGUACAGAGAUUUUUAUCUACAAGAGUGCAGAAGAAUAUGUGCAGUUUACAGUUACUGUUGACAGUGUAUACUUUCAGGAGUGUGUGAAUAGGUUUUCAUAUUUCUUCCGGUGUUACGUUUUGCCAUUUAUUUUGGGGAGCCCAGAACUCACUGCAACAUGCAAGAAACCUGUAGAUUUUAGCAGAGGACUGCCCCAGGGCCUGUUGCAUGAUUUUCUCACUUUUAAGUAAUAAUAAACAAAGCUAUCUGCCAAGUGCAUGCUUUGUGUAUAGACUGCCAUGAUGCAAGUUCAAAAGGGUUUCCUAGAUAAAAUGAAAGCUCUUGGUAGUAGCAAACUAAAAAAUAUUUUACACUGAUCACAAAGGGACAUUCCAGAACCUUUUAUUACUCAAGCAAACAUGCGUGACAUUCACAAAGCAUCCCGUAAUACAUCAUCUUGCGCCUGAAUCAGCUUCUCGAAACAAAAACUUGUCUUCACUGAACAAAGGCCAUGACAGAUUAGCAAUGCCAGCUGUUAUCAUAACAAUGUCAUCUAGGAAUGGCAACAAGUCUAUUUGGAACUUGUGCUCCAAGAUCUUGAAUAGCUUGACCCUCUGAAUAGCCCUUUCCACAUGCACACGUGCACUUGCUAUUGACUGAUUUCUGACUGCUUCUUCAUUACUGAAUUGCUUUCGCUUUUUUAAGGUAGGAUGGCCUGAUUACCUUUAUGUGUUUCUCAUCUCAAAGCCUGUCAAUUAAAAAACUUUCGUCAACCAUUACGCUAUCAGCGAAUGGUUCACACAAA